CGACAAAAAAUCGCCAGGUCAGCAUUUCUGUUAGUACAAUAAGACUGUUAAGUAACACCGUAAAAAAGAUGGAUGAAAGUGGCUAUAUUUUGUUUUCCGAUAGUUAUGGCUACAUUUGUCACAAAUGUGAAAGUUAUAGUUAUGGAUAGGGGUGGUCGUUCGGUUACCGGUUAAACCGGUAACCGACCGGUUAUACACUAACCGGUAACCGAAGUAACCGAACUUCGAUCGGUAUCGUAGGCUGGACAAAAUGAUUUUUGGUCUUAAAAGUGAUUUGGUUAACCGAUAACCGAGAAACCAAAACCUAUUUCGGUCAGUGUUCGGUAGGGGUGGUGAUUAUUUUGAUUAACCUAUAACCGGUCGAUCGGUUACCGGUUAUAACCGAAAUAACCGAACUACUACCCUGGUCAUGUAAGUUAAAUUUGCUAUUCUGUUUUGUGAAGAUAUCCCGAGAAAAACAGACUUUAGCAUUUUCCGUCCGUCCGUCGGUUCUUCCGCCAAGAAACCGCCGCGUCCUCACCAAUCCACCACCGUUCUUCCCAUUUCCCAACCUCCAAUUCUCUGUCGGCCGCCAUCUUCGGAGUCAAAUAGUGGUAUCCUUCUAGUCAAAAACUCUCUCAAUUGUAGUCAUGGAUUUCAGCAACCACAAGAUGCCUUAUUCCCCUACCUCUUCCUCCUCCUCCAUCUCCUCCACGCCUCGCCCUACAACCACCACCGCCACCACCUUCGCCGGCGGGGCCACGACGACCUCCACCACCGCUGCCACCGCCGACCCGAUGCACUCGUGGUGGGAAUCCAUCUCCAGAGCACGCUCCCGCAUUCUCGCUCUGAACUCCCUCCUUCCUCCCGAUCCCUCCUCUUCGCUCUCCCUCUCUUCUCUGGCAGACUCCGACCAGCCGGCGCUCUCCUUCCUAUCGUCCCUCGACGCCUAUUCGCUCUUCUCGUCUGCGAUUUCGGCUCCUUCUUCAGGUUCGGGCUCCGAUCCUCUCUGCCAGUGGCUGUACGAGACCUACCUUUCGGCCGAUCCUCACCUUCGUCAGAUCGUUCUCUCUUUUGUUCCCCUCCUAACCGGAAUUUACCUCUCCCGGAUCCACUCCUUGGAGUCAACAUACGCUCCUUCUCUCGCUGGUUUUGAAGCUGUCCUCCUUGCGAUCUACUCGACGGAGGUGAAAUCUCGGGCUGGGAAGCCCGUUCUGGCGCAGAUUCCAGAUCUCUCGCAGCCGUCUCUGUAUCACAGUCCCCGGAACAAGCAACAAAGACCCACUAAGCCGAGGCCUUCGGUUGGGGUUUUGAGUGCUCCGUUGGAGCCUCAGCUAGCUGUGAAGUCAACGAAGCGGCCAAUCAUCGUGGGCGUGGCCCUUGAUUGCUAUUUCCGGCAGAUCUCGCAGAUGCCGAGUUGGUCUAAGGUGGAAUUGUGCAAAUAUGCGGCUGCGUGGGCUGGGCAGGACUGUGUUUGCAAGAACAAGUUUGAUGCCGAAGAGAAAUCCGAGAAGGAAUACGCCAAUGAGAAUGGCGCGGGGUACUUUCUAGAGGGCAGCAACUUGAGCAAUGGGUUUGACCAAAAUGGCCACGGUAAUGGUGUUGAGAUUGAACAUGAGGAAGAUGUGGAACGGAUAAGGGAAUUGAAGAUUGAAAGAGUUGAUUCGGGGGAAUUGGAAUUGAAGGGGGUGAGGAUUCCCCUGGCUUGGGAAGUUUUGCAGCCAUUGUUGAGGAUUCUGGGGCACUGCUUGUUGGGUCCAUUGUGCGCCCAAGAUGUCAAAGAUGCUGCUUCUGUGGCAGUUAGGCGAUUGUAUGCGAGAGGGUCUCAUGAUUUGCUUCCACAGGCGAUAUUGGCCACUCAGAGCUUGAUUCGGCUUGAUAAUAGAGCAAGGGAGUCUGCACAGGUAGCAGCAGCUACAAGUACGCCGUCAAAUGCAACUACACCCAGCAAAGCUAAGAAGCCUGAAGUUCUAUUGGUUUCCAAAUGAACCCUUCCUCCAGGUUGCAGUUUGCUUUACAGGUAUGGAGCUUUUGCACAUUCUCUUGUAUUCGUGUUAUUACAUGUUGUAGAGUUGUUUCUUGAUUGGUGGUAAAGUGAAAGCCUUUUAGAUUUUAGUUUGGCAUUCAACUUGAUUUAUGUUGACUGAUCUCACCAUAUGAAGACAUACAUUGCCAUCAACAUUUAAACUUCUUUGCUCUGGCAAUUCCAUUUUCCCCCACUAGUCGCUUGAACUUUUCCUCGGUUCAAUGCUCAAACCUGCUCGGAAAGCAAGAGGUUCAGUAAGGGUAAUUUUCGAUAAGUUGUGUUGAGUUUUUGAUUUAUUGGUUGAGGUAUCUUCAAUUUGGUAUUGCAUCAUCUCCUAUGGCAAACUAUCAGUCAGUAGUGAAGAGGCUGCUGCCUUCUUAAAUAUACGUACUGAAUUUUAUAACUAGUAUAGGUGUAUAUGCAACUUUCUCAUUCCCUUAGUGUUCGGAAUAAAGCUUGCUCUCUCAUGCAUGACAGAUAGUUUUCUCUAUAAGAUAAAACUUGUUUAGAUUUUCAAUUUUAUGUUCAGGCAUUCAGUUCUCUAAUCUUAUUUAAGGCCCUUUGGCUAUGCCUUGAUUGAUCUUUGACCCUAGUUUUACUGUAUUUAGAGUACGUAGAGAAGAAUUAGUCUCAAGUGAACAUGCAGGAUUGCUCAAUCUUAUCUUUCUAAAAUGUAAAAUCAGUAUUCAAUGGAUUUUCUUAUGUACAGCUAUAAUUCGGCACAAAUUAUCUCGAAUACAUGAAUAGUCUGAUAAUGCUUUUGCACAAACCUAUUGACCAUGGACUAGGAAGUAACUAGCUUUUGUUCUCCAUAUUGAAAACCCUAAUUUGUUGCUCAGCAUUCCUCCUAGUAGAAUCCAAUUGUAAAGCACUGCUGCAUGAGAAAUGAGCAAAGUAUUUCCAUGGAAUUUUUACAGAGUGCUAAUAAUACUGGUACCGUGGCAGUUUAGUAUUGCAAUGUAGGAACUGUAUAUCCAAUUUAAACUUUUUUUUUUUAUAAUGGUGAACUGUAUAUCCCAUUUAAACUGAUUUGGGAUUGGGGAAUGAGCAUGAUUCGGUAUUAGAAGGAUGAGAGUUUUUCAUCAGAAAAGCUUACAAUGACGCUUGAAUGUUUGUUUUGUGUGGCAGCUAAAAGCAGCUGCUGAUUUUAGACUCUAUGCAGAAGACUUACGUACCCUGACACGAUAUCGGGAUUGCUGGCUGGAGCACUAUGUGAUGAUGGUAAAUUGCUCUUGUGCUAAUGUUUUAAUGAGUGGAUCUUUGCCUCAAAACCACAAGUGUAGUCCGUUGAAGUUUGAAUGGUGAAAGUGUUGCGGCCUGGGCAGAAUGAAAUUUAGGCAAAAAGGCCAUGCGGGAUCGUAAUGCUGCCUCCAGAAAUUUGUAACCUCUACAACGAGGUGGUUUUCAGAAUUGUGUAGCUCUUGCCUUUACAGUGUGCAACUUCAUUAGCAAUUCUCAUGUUCCUUCAACAAAUAUUAAAAGCAAGAUCGGAAGUGCGCCACGCUCCCCCACGGCGGCGGGUGGGUGAUUACUGUAGUAACCCAUUUCGAUGGGUACCAUUUGGCAGCUUGUGAAAUUAAAAUAUCGAUAUUUAAUCAUUGCAAAUUAGGUAAAUUUUUUAUAUUUAAGGCAAGCUCAAAGGGCAUGGGACAAAGAUUCGACAAGAUUACGUGCCCGACUCAAACACUGCGCGAUAGUCCGUAUGCAAUCAGACUACGAUGAAAGAGCUUGUUAAGCCUCUACUUGGGCAGCUCUGAAGAAGCUUCGAGGAGCAAAGACACGACACUGACGGGGAAAACAAAAACAAAAACCCAACAUCUUCAAGAUAGUCCCGCCAGCGAGAUUUAAUCUCUUGUGAUAGAGAUCUCUUGCAAAUUAGGUAAUUGGUUCACUGAUAUAUUUCAUGUUUGUCACUAAAAAUAUUUUGUCCAU